CGCAAAUUAUUUUUCAUGUUAUCACGUGACUUGAAACGAGAUUUUUAUUUUCAGAACUGGUACGUUAUUUUUCCAGCUGUGCUACAAAUAGAAUUACAGCUUCAGACAUGUUGAUAGAUGACUUAGAGCAGUUGAAAGACUGGCUAACAGCUCAAUUGUCACCAAUUUGUGAGGCAGAUCCGAGUGCACUAGCCAAGUAUGUUGUGGCACUUGUGAAGAAAGAUAAACCCAUCUCAGAACUCAAGGACAGUUGUACUGACCAGCUAGAUGUCUUUUUACAGACAAAAACAAAAGAUUUUGUGGACACAUUAUUUGAAGUGAUAGAUAACAAGUCAUACAUCAAAGAGAAGGAAGAGACAGCCGCCCCUCUCCCAGACAGUGCCGCCCCAGAUGAAGCCCCGCCCACAGAGAAUGAUGCUACCCUUGCACCUAGUGACCAGCAACUGGUUACAUCCACAUCAAAAAUAGAUAUUAAAAGAGAAGAGGAUUUACAGAAAGCAUUUCCAAUAGGAGAAAACCGAGCUAGAAAAUCUCGAUCAAGAAGUUUAUCUCCUAGAACUAGAUCCAGAGAAGAUGAUAGAAGAAGAAGAGUAGAUGAAAGACGAAAUUUUGACAGAGGUUAUCCACGCAGACGAUCAACAAGUCCUAGAUUAAGAAGAUACAGAUCAAGGUCACCAUAUAGACGAAGGUCACCUUUUAGACCUAUCAGAGGUCGUGGUCGAGGACGCUCCCGAUCAAGAUCAUGGUCCAGAAGCUGGUCAAGGUCACCAAGAAGUAGAUCAAGAGAAAGAAUUAGGUCAAGGUCACCAGGAGGUAGGAUAAGAUCAAGGUCUCCUGGUGGACGCUUGAAAUCAAGGUCACCUGGUGGAAGAAUCAGAUCAAGAUCACCUGGCGGUCGUAUCAGAUCACGUUCCCCUGGCGGAAGAAUAAGGUCACGCUCACCUGGAGGUCGUAUUAGGUCAAGGUCGCCUGUAGGAAGAUUACGUUCGAGGUCACCAGGUGGUGCACGUUCACCAAGACGUGAGGUCAGAGGCAAGAUUUAG